CUGGAGUCCUCGAGAGUUGCCAGCAGACGUGGGGGCGGACCUUUCCAGGCUGGGCGGCAGGGAGUGACUGUAUUGAAGCUCAGGGGCUCGUGUGUGACUCUAACGGGGGGAUUGUGUCCAUCACCUUGAACAGCUCUGGGCUUUCGGGUUCCAUCCCAAAGGACAUCUUCACUCUCAGCAGCCUCGAGUCCCUGGACCUAAGUCACAACUACCUGAAUGGCUCCGUUCCUCAAUCCGUGGGUUCGGCUAUUCAAGUCACGAGCUUAGAUCUGAGUGGCAACAACUUAGAAGGCUCCAUUCCUCCCACGCUCGGCCUUCUCACCAACCUUGCCUCACUUCAUCUUGGGAACAACGCCUUGGACGGGACAUUGCCAAUGGAGCUUACCUUCCUGUCUGCCAUUUCGUACCUGAACAUGACUGGAAAUAGACUAAGAGGCCGAAUCCCAGGAGGCAUAUCCCAACUCAGUGAGCUUGCAUUCUUGGACCUCUCAGCCAAUCAGCUUGAUGGGUUGAUUCCACUAUCCAUUGGCAACCUUUCCAGCCUUGCUGAAUUGAACCUCAGCAGCAACACUUUGGCAGGCAGCAUUCCCAACCGCCUCUACGGCCUCUCCCUUCUCUGCGAUCCCUGUCACUUUCUGGGAAUCUUCUGUCUGGAUCUUUGUCUUCAAGUGUGGCGUCCUUGGCUGCCCUGCAGGCUCU